AUGCAUUUUGAUAAAAACAAUAGUGCCACCGAAAACCCACCUGCUAAUGAUUCUCUAGAGACAGUAACUCAGGAAGGCACAAAACGGCGAACAGUUGUGGGGCCGUGGAAAAAUGUUUCCGAAUUUAACAAAGUAUAUGAAUGGUUAUUUGGUGAAAACUAUUCGGCAGCAACGAGGCAACAAGCACUUUCUCAGAUUCGCAUUUGGAAUUUGAGACGCAGUACACAAUGUCCGGCAGCUGUUUUGGCGACAGCUGUCAUUGUCGAAGUUCAGCAAAAAGAUCACCCCGAAACAAUAUAUUCCGCAGAAGAUUUACAGACUUUGUAUGCGAAUGCAUUUACCCGAUUCUUCAAUUUCAUGUCGUCAAUAAUGCAAACGCAUAACAUGCGAACAAUGUAUCAAACUGCCAAAGAAUUGGGUUUGGAAUCGUUUGUGGUGGAUUUGCGACACAUCUGUGCCCACGGUCAGGUAUUGCCUCCGUUACAGGUGUUGAGAAACACAGCAGAAUAUUGUAUUGUUUGGUUACACGAUUACUACUGGCGAUCGCAGCUGGAUAGUAUGUGUGAUGUUGAUGCAACACGUAUCAGGCGUAAAGACAGAACUGAACUUGAUGACAAGGUAUCUGCACUUUUUGAACUGUACGAUACCGCCUUGGAGGGACAUAUGAAGGGGGCCACUAAUAUGAAGACACUGAAACGCCAUGUACAUGGAAAACGUUUUCACAGCCUAAAGGAAUACUAUCAGCAAAACAAUUUCGAAAAAUUGCAAGAUAUUUUCGAUCACAUUGCCAAGGAACUAUAUGCUUUGGUGAAACGUGAUGUUAUCAUUAAAGAUGUAUCGACAAUCUAUAUUGGAGCUCUAUUACGUAUGCGUUAUUUUUUCUCUGUGUCCAAUAUUGAUGAUUCCGCUAAAGAAUUGGAAUCUUUAAUUACCGUCAAUCAAACAUUAUUCCGCAUGUUAGCCAUACACGGGUUUUUGGAUGAUUUAUUCUAUGCAUUAAUUGAUAUUGCUGAAAGUCCAAUUGUUGAGGCUAAUAAGAGAGCAUCGGCAAGCUUCUGGGCGGUGCAAAUAGUUAAAGGUUUCAAAGCAUUUCGCCAAUGCAAACAAAUGUACAAAGCCGAAAUGGAUGAGAAUACCGCAAUUAGAGAGCCAUCAUUUUCUCUAAAUAAUUUAACAGAAAUAUCGGAGGGUACCCGAGAAUUGUAUAUAUAUAGCGGUGUUGGUAUGAAGAAAACCUUACUUUUUGGUGAUAAUUUCCGACGACCAUGGGUGUGGGUAUUUGAACGAGAUUUCCUGGAAGAACGUCUUGAGGCAGCCAACGAAUAUACCGCACCCAUUCUGAAGGGCAUAUUACCACUUAUCGUACCGGAAUUAAGUGGCACUGAAGUGCAAACUUUUAGCGAAUUAAUCGAUUGCUAUUUUAAUGCAAAUAUUGAGGCUGAUAAUGAAAAAUCUAAAAAAUCUCCUAAAGAAAAUAAUGAUGUCUACACUGCCGAGGAUUUAUUAAAUAAACUGAAAAAUAAUGAGAUAACAAAAAUGGAUGUAGAAGAAAUAGAUGAAGAUGUUGGACAAAAUUGUGGUAAUUUUAAUACCUAUGGACUAUGGACAGAAGUUGAAGAUGAUGAUUGGAAAUCAAGUCCAUUGGGACGUGUACCAUGGGAAUUGUAA